CACAUAAAAGAAAGGAAGACAGGCAACGAAGAAGAAAGCGGGAGCUUACGAGGCAAGGCAAGGACAGCUUAGGAAAUUGCAAAAAAAAAAUGAAGGCAAGAAAGGAGCGGAACCAAACUCCCCCCAUCCAUAUCAUUUCUGAUUCUCUCUCGCUUUCUCUUUAAUAGACCGCGAGAUUCCUCUCACAAGCAAGCAAUCAAGCAAGCAAUCAAACAAGCAAGUGAUAAGCAGAAAGGGAGAGACAAAGAUGCGUGCUGUGAUGGUAUUGCGGGGAAGGAUUUGAUUCCAGCUAUCUGUCUGCCUCCGAAAGAAAGAAACAUGGACGAUGAAGUUGUUCAGCGGGUCUUCCAAGAUGGAGGCCGAGACUACUUCCAACAACAGCCCUCGACUUCCGCUUCCUCCUCCUCCUCUUCCAUCCUCCAAUCCCUCCCUCUCCAUGUGUCUUUCGACCAUGGGUAUUAUUUGUUAGUAAAAUCUAUCCAAGAACUGCGAGAGAAAAAAGAGGGUCUUGUUACAGUUGGCAUCGGUGGUCCAAGCGGUUCUGGUAAAACAAGCUUAGCAGAAAAGGUGGCUUCUGUUAUUGGUUGUACUGUUGUAUCCAUGGAGAACUAUCGUGUUGGAGUUGAUGAAGGGAAUGAUCUGGAUUCAAUAGAUUUUCAUACACUAGUCCAAAAUCUUGAGGAUUUGACAAAAGGCAAAGAUAUAUUGAUCCCGGUUUUUGAUUAUCAACAAAAGAGACGGAUUGGUUCAAAAGCAAUAAAGAGUGCUUCAUCUGGGGUGGUAAUAGUUGAUGGGACGUACGCUCUGCACGCAAAAUUGCGCUCUUUGCUAGAUAUUCGGGUCGCCGUGGUCGGUGGUGUUCAUUUUAGCCUUCUUUCUAAAGUCCGGUAUGAUAUUGGAGAUUCAUGUUCGCUGGAUUACCUUAUUGACAGCAUUUUCCCAUUAUUUAGAAAGCACAUUGAGCCAGACCUUCAUCAUGCACAGAUUAGAAUUAACAACAGUUUUGUCUCAUCAUUUAGAGAGGCAAUCUACAAGUUGAAAUGCAGAAGUGAGUCGCCAGAUGGACAUUCUGCUUAUGCAUUUCAGGGAAAUGAACCACAAACAGACAAUUUUAUUGAGAUGUACCUUAGACCUCCUUCAGCAAGUGAGGAAGCACGGAUAAAUGAUUGGAUUAAGGUGCGGCAAUCUGGUAUUAGAUAUUAUCUAUCUCUUGGCGAUCAACGGAUUGUUGACAAAAUAUACAUCAUCAGGCCUAAAGCUGAAUUUGAGGUUGGCCGGAUGACUUUAGGCGGGUUGCUGGCUUUGGGAUACACUGUAGUAGUUAGUUAUAAACGAGCAUCUACAUCAGUCAAUAAUGGCAAUGGCUCCCUGUCACUUGAAAACAUUGAUAGUCUUGGUGAGACAUUCAUGGUGCUAAGAGGCACAGAUAGGAAAACGGUUGGAGAGGAAGCAUUGAGAAUGGGUAUCAAUGGACCUUGGAUCACUAAAUCAUAUUUGGAAUUGAUUCUUGAGAGAAAAGGUGUACCUCGCCUUAAUUCACCCCCACCUUUGUUUAAUACAUCAACUAGUAAUCAAGAAAGGCUGAUUGUUACACCCAGGCCAAUUCGUGUUACUCCAAACCUUGUUACUCACCUUGAGGAUCUGUCUCAACCAUGGACUCGGUCACCAACUAAAUCUAAAAUGGAACCCAUAGUAGCGACAUGGCAUUUCAUCUCAUCAGAUCCUCUCCAUGCUGAUAGCUCAGUUGUAGAUCCUGCCUCUUUCAGGGAUACAAUAAAGCUUGCUCCAAUGCCUGAUUCAUAUGACUUGGAUAGAGGAUUGCUUCUUGCUGUUCAAGCAAUACAGGCUUUGUUGGAGAAUAAAGGUCUCCCAGUUAUUGUUGGAAUUGGGGGUCCAAGUGGGUCUGGAAAGACUAGUUUGGCUCAUAAAAUGGCAAACAUCGUUGGUUGUGAAGUAGUUUCCCUUGAAAGCUAUUAUAAAUCUGAACAAGUGAAGGAUUUUAAGUAUGAUGACUUCAGCUCUCUUGAUCUGUCUUUGCUUUCAAAGAAUAUUGGUGACAUAAGAAAUGGUCGAAGAACAAAAGUACCCAUAUUUGACUUGGAGAACGGUGCUCGGAGUGGCUUCAAAGAACUUGAAGUUUCUGAAGAUUGUGGAGUGAUAAUUUUUGAAGGGGUUUAUGCUUUGCAUCCUGAUAUCCGAAAAUCACUUGACUUUUGGAUUGCUGUUGUUGGAGGUGUUCAUUCACAUUUGAUUUCUCGUGUUCAAAGAGAUAAAAGUAGGGUUGGGAGUUUUUUGUCCCAAAAUGACAUCAUGAUGACAGUGUUUCCAAUGUUCCAGCAGUACAUUGAACCACAUCUUGUUCAUGCACAUCUCAAAAUUCGAAAUGACUUUGAUCCUGUGCUUUCACCUGAGAGCUCAUUGUUUGUAUUGAAGAGUAACAAGCACGUAGCUUAUGAAGAUAUUUUAAUAAUUCUUGAUCCAGAAAAGUUAUGCAGUUCUGCUCAGAAUUUUAUUGACAUAUAUUUGAGGCUUCCUGGAAUUCCCACUAAUGGGCAAUUGACAGAGAGCGACUGCAUACGGGUCAGAAUAUGUGAGGGUAGAUUUGCAUUGCUGAUUCGUGAGCCUAUAAGAGAAGGGAACUUCAUCAUUCAACCCAAAGUGGAUUUCGAUAUCAGCAUUAGUACGGUUGCUGGUCUUCUUAACCUUGGGUAUCAAGCUGUAGCUUAUAUAGAAGCAUCUGCAUUCAUUUACCAAGACGGAAAGAUCCUAAUUGAGGUUGAUCAUCUACAAAAUGCCCCUAGUCCUUACCUACAAAUCAAAGGUGUUAAUAAAGAGGCUGUGGCAGCUGCUGGUUCAAUGCUUAAACUGGAUGGAUCAUAUACUACAAAGAGUUAUCUUCAAAUAAUUUUGGAGAGAUUACCAGCAAUGGAAAGAAGUUCAAGUGGAAUUAACCCUCAGCAAGCUGCAAGGCUGCAGGAACUUGUGGAAUUUAUUCAAUCUCAGGGCAGCAGUUCAGCUUCAGAAUCCUCACCAUGUAGGGAGGUAUCUCCAAUAGAAGGGAUUAUUGAAGACAUGCAGUCGAGGAUUAAAAGGCUUGAGCGGUGGCACACCAUCAAUACAGUGCUUUGGACUUUCCUGAUGUCUGCCCUAGUUGGUUAUUCACUCUACCAAAGGAAGCGCCAGUAAUGCUGCUUUUGACUUGCCUAGUCUCGAAAGAGCCUUGAUCUCCUUCCAUAGGUGAAAAAUCAUUUCUUGGAAUUGUUGAGUCUUAAAUUAUCAUCCCAACUAUAGUGACAUCUAGGAUCAAUUUAAAGGAAAUGAGAAUUAGUUUAGGAAUAUAGAGAAAAUAAUCGUUUUUUUAUUUUUUUUUUUUUUAUUUUUUUAUUUUUAUUUUUAUUCUUGCUCUCAUUUUCAUGGUUGUACAUGAGCACAAGGAAACGGUACUAGAAUAUGGUUCAAAUUUAUUAUAUGCUUCAACUGAAAUUGGAAGAAUGUAAAUUUGAAUGUAAGAAAUCUCUCUUGCUAA